GUUUUGUGCGCCGUUCGGAGCGACAGUUCGCUUUCGAGUUCGCUAAAACACAACGUAGAAAGGCAUUAGCUCCACUGAAAAAUCAGAUUAAAGCUGUCAGCAGAAGACUACGUUCGACGAUCAAAGAUGGUGAAACUAAUCGCUAGCCUGCUCCUGUUGGCCGUGGUGGCCCAGGCCUAUGGAGAUUUCAAGUGCUCCCUGGCUGUUCCUGAGAUUACCAAGGACUGGGUGGACAUGAAGGAUGCCUGCAUAAAGGGCAUGCGCCACCAGAUCCAGGAGGAGAUCAACGCCUCCUACCAGUACUUGGCCAUGGGCGCCUACUUCUCCCGCGACACCGUCAACCGCCCUGGAUUCGCCGAGCACUUCUUCAAGGCCGCCAAGGAGGAGCGUGAGCACGGAUCCAAGCUGGUGGAGUACCUGUCCAUGCGCGGUCAGUUGACCGAGGGAGUCAGCGAUCUGAUCUCUGUGCCGACUGUGGCCAAGCAGGAGUGGACCGAUGGUGCCGCCGCCCUGUCCGACGCCCUCGACCUGGAGAUCAAGGUGACCAAGUCCAUCCGCAAGCUGAUCCAGACCUGCGAGAACAAGCCCUACAACCACUACCACCUGGUGGACUACCUGACCGGUGUCUAUAUGGAGGAGCAGCUCCACGGACAGCGCGAGCUCGCCGGCAAGCUGACCACUCUGAAGAAGAUGAUGGACACCAACGGCGAACUGGGCGAGUUCCUGUUCGACAAGACCCUGUAAGGAGGUGGAGAUAGAGAAGCCGCAGCGCCCAGUCACGCAUCAAAAUUAUCAGCCAGUCGAGUUAUCUGUUAUCUGUCAGCCCAGAGAGCCUUCCCGAGGGUCCGCUAUUAAAUCAUCAACAGCCAAGUCGGCGACUGGCCAAUAAAUUAUCCGUUCGACUGCGAUCCUCAAACCAGCACAGCAAAAUUCCACGUCUGUUCUUUCUUAUCAACCACUUGUGAUUUCCGUACACCUCGGGAGGGGCUCCGCAUUAU